AUGGCUGCUCUGAUAUCAGCUCUUUGGGUAUUGACUGUCACAGUAACAACCCCGCCCGGCGGUGACUUGGUGUCACAGAUGCGUGGUGCCCUACAGCACGAGCGAUCAAAUCGCAAUGAGAACGUCAUCACUGAGGGGAAGCUCACCUGGUCACUAAAUCUACUUUUGCAAGAUGCAUUCCCGCUGCUGGGGCGCCGGGCCAUUCAUAUGGAAGAUAAUCUGGGUUCAAUCCAAAUUGGCAAGCUUACUGAGCUCGUCAUCUUCGACGUCAACAGCCCUGGAAUGGUCUGUGCAUCGGAGCAAGACCCCGUUGCCGCGAUUGUUCUUCAUUCCUCAGUACGUGACAUUAUUAAUACAGUGAUCAUCGAUGGCCGCGUUCGUAAAUGGGGUGAAAAGGUGCUUUCAGCAGAUCUCAAUCCAUCUUUUCCUGAGGUUCCCAUUCCGCGGCAGAGAGUCGAAGGGAAAAAGGUCGCCAAAGAGCUAGUUCCUAGCCGCAAAAGAAUCGAGGAGGUCAUCAAGAGGUCUAACGCGGAUGACUCUAACGACCUCGUUCUGAAAACUGUGAAAAUGAUAUAUCUGGAUGAAAAUAGGUUCGUCAAGCUCUGA